AUGGCGGCACGUUCGUCGUCCUCACCGCGCCCUCCGCCCCAGGACCGACAGUCCGGCCCCUGGCCCCUUCAUGUUGGGCAGGGAACCGAAGUCCAUGCAGUGCGCAGUGAGGCCUCGGGUCUUGCUGGCUCUGCGCGGGAAUGCGUAGCUGGCAAAAGUGAUGUGCCUUGGCGGGGCGAAGAGGGGCCGAGGGGCCAGCGAGGGCGAGGGGGCGCGGCGGUUCAGGUUCCCCUCCUCAGCGCACCCAUGGCCUCCAGGCGGCUCGAGGGCAUCCCAGUAGAGGAGGCGAUGGCGACCCGGAUGCAGCUGCUAGAGGAAGAGUUGAGCAGUCUAAGGGAGGAGCUGGCCCUAUGUCAGGUAUUGAGGGUCCUCGCCUCCGGCCUUUCCCCUCCUCUCGGGCCGGGGCCCGUGGGAGUGCGCCCCUCUCCCUCCUGCCUCGGCAGCGCCGUCUGCAGAUAUGGGACCCACCCAACCCCGGCGGUGACGGGCCUGCCGGCUCCCACACGCAGCCCGGCCGGCUCCCCGGCACCGCGACCCGGCCUCCCGCCCCUCUCCGGACGCGGCCGGCAGGGUUCCUCCCCGCGUCCUGCGUUUGGUUUUCGUCACUUGUAUAUCAACUAA